AUGGUAUCUUCCACGAUAACGACGACUGCCACAACUGCUGCUGCACAUCCUGCUACGGCGAGCUUGAAUUCACAGAAUCAGCACCCAAAACUGCAACUACCGUCAACAGACUUGCCCACCACCACCGCCAACACUACUACUAAUACUACUACUUCUUCAUCGUCCUCAUCCUCCAACCCCAUCAAUAAGGACGACGAUAGUUUGGGCAAGUAUGGACUUCGAGGACUUUCUUCCCUUGUCCGAAUGGAUCAAUCUGAGUAUACCAACUACGCUUUGGGCCAAGAUAUAAGCAAAUGUGGACUUGAUCUCAGUGCCAACCUGGAAAUUCUCAAGAACUUAGCCUCGCCAUGGUCAGAAACGUCACGACUGGAAGUCGAACCAUAUUUCCAUAUCCCUAAAGCCUUGCAGAACUCGUCAUUGCUUGCAAAAGGUAAGAACCCCGGUCCAAUAGACCAAAAGAUACAGAGCUUGACUGAUGAAACAUUAUUUUAUAUAUUUUAUAUGAAACCGAGGGAUACAUUGCAAGAAUAUGCGGCAAGGGAACUAGUUGCGCGAAAUUGGAGGUAUCACAAGGAUAUUCAAGUAUGGUUAACCAAGGAUAGUAAUGUGGAACCUGUAUUAAUUGGACAAGAUGUGGAAAAAGGUGUGUACAUCUUUUUUGACCCCCAUAACUGGGAAAAGAUUAGAAAAGAAUUUGUUUUGCAUUAUUCUUCAGUUCAAGCCUAG